CCCCUGCCGGUGCCGGGCCCGGGCCGCUGCCGGCAGCCCGAGGCGACCGCGGGGAGGGGAGGAGGGAGGCGGCGGGCGCAGGGCCCGGAGCGAGCGGGGCCGGUGCCCCCCAGCAGAAAUUCAAACAAAUGCUUCAGCUUCUCAUUCCUGCCUGCUGACAACACCAGGGUGGCCAUGACUCAACCCAGCUUCCAGGACUGAGGAGCAGAGGUGGUGAGAGACCUGUCUCAGGGUGGGACCUCACAGCGGUGUCGAUGGAGAGCACGUCCUCCACGGAGCCAGCACCGGAUGGUGCUGGCCUCACCUCGCUGGACGUGCUCCUCUUCCUGGAGGCGCCGGUGAACAGCACGGAGGAGCAGUGCUUCAGCGCCCGCUCCCGCAGCACCGUCCUGGAGGGGCUGCCCUUUGGAGGCGUGCCCACCGUGCUCGCCAUCAACUUCAUCCUCUGGCUGCUUCUCCUUCUGGUCUUCUCAUGUCUUCGGAAAGCAGCUUGGGACUACGGGCGCCUGGCACUGCUGAUGGACAAUGACAGCCUGACGUCGCUUUUCUAUGGAGAGCAGAGCGAGAAGGAGAAGUCCCCAUCAGAGAGCAGCCCUCUGGAUGCUGACAACAAGGAUGUGGGAUUCUGUUCCUGGCUACUUUCUAUCUACCAGAUGAAGGAUGAGGAGAUUCAGAGCAAGUGUGGGAUCGAUGCCACCACCUACCUCUCCUUCCAGCGGCACCUCCUGGUCCUGCUGAUGCUGGUUUGCGUGCUCUCCGUGGCUGUCAUCCUGCCUGUCAACUUCUCUGGGGACCUCCUGGGACACAAUCCUACCCACUUUGGCCGGACAACCAUCGCCAACAUCCCAACUCAAGACCGUCUUCUGUGGCUGCACAGCAUCUUCGCCCUAAUCUAUUUUAUCUUCACUGUCCUUUGUAUGGCUCACCACUCUGUCCACCUGGAAUACAGAGAGAAUGAGAAGGUCGCUCGGACACUGAUGGUUACCCACAUCCCCAAGGAGAUCACAGACCCUUCACUUAUCAUCAAGCAUUUCCACGAGGCUUAUCCCAGCUGCACCGUCACCAAUGUCCAGUUCUGCUUUGACGUGCGCAAGCUGAUGAAGCUGGAUGCAGAGAGGCGCAAAGCAAUGAAGGGGCGGCUUUAUUUCACCACCAAGGCACAGAAGGAGGGGAAGAUCAUGAUCAAAACUCACCCCUGUGCCCGCAUCUUCUGCUGCCGCUUCUGUGGCUUUGAUGAGGUGGAUGCUGAGCAGUAUUACGGGGAGCUGGAGGAGAAGCUCACAGAUGAGUUCAAUGCAGAGCGCAACCGCAUCACACUCAAGCGGCUUGAUAUGGCCUUCGUCACCUUCCAGGACGAGCGGAUGACAGCUGUGAUUUUGAAGGACUACAGCCACAUCCACUGCCGCAAGCACCCCCAGCAGUCCUCUGUCACCACCGUGGUCAAGUCACACCACUGGGGUGUUCGCUAUGCCCCUUCACCCAGUGAUAUCAUCUGGGAGAAUUUAUCAGUCCGUGGCACAUCGUGGUGGGUGCGAUUCAUUCUGCUUAAUAUCUGCCUGUUCCUCCUUCUUUUCUUCCUCACAACGCCAGCCAUCAUUGUCAACACUAUGGACAUGUUCAAUGUCACACACCCUGUGGAGAGCCUCAAGAACCCCAUCAUCACCCAGUUUUUCCCCACGCUGCUGCUCUGGGCCUUCUCCGUCUUCCUGCCCUUCCUUGUCUACUACUCAGCAUUCUUCGAGUCUCACUGGACAAGGUCAAGUGAAAAUCAGAUCACCAUGCACAAGUGCUUUUUCUUCCUGGUGUUCAUGGUUAUCAUCCUGCCCUCGCUGGGUCUGAGCAGCCUGGACCUGUUUUUCCGCUGGCUCUUCGACACCCACUUUCUGGAUGAGGCUGAAGUCAAGUUCCAGUGCGUUUUCCUCCCAGACAAUGGCGCCUUCUUCGUCAACUACGUGGUGACCUCCAGCCUGAUUGGGACGGCCAUGGAGCUGCUGCGCAUCCCAGGCCUCCUCGUCUACACUGCUCGCCUCUGCUUCGCCAAGUCCGAGCCCGAGCGGCUCCAUGUCAAGCGGAGUCAAGCUUACCAGUUCCAGUUUGGACUAGAGUAUGCCUGGACCUGCUGUAUCUUCUCUGUUGUCAUGACCUACAGCAUCACCUGCCCUAUCAUCGUCCCCUUUGGGUUGCUCUACAUGCUGCUCAAGCACAUGGUUGACCGGUACAACAUUUACUACGUGUACAUCCCCACCAAACUGAACCAGCGCCUCCACGUUGCCGCCAUCAGCCAGGUCGUGGUGGCCCCCAUCCUCUGCAUGUUCUGGCUGCUCUUCUUCUCCGUCCUGCGCCUCGGUCCCACCCGGCCUGUCACCCUCUUCACCUUUGUGGUCCUCCUUUCCUGCAUCAUCUUCUCCUUCUUUGGCCUCUGCCUGAAGAAGCUGCAGCCACGGAAACCCUCAAGCUACCAGAUGUCUGACCAGUCUGAGGGCGCCUUCAAUGAUGUGGAGCGGAGCAGCGUUUCCUCCACCCCUAACUCCAAUCUCUUUGUGGCCACCGUCCUGCAGGAGCCUGAGCUGAGCCUGACGCCGGCAGCCUCUCCGGCACACCAGUCCUAUGGCACCAUGGGCAACCACCUGGAGCCAGCGGAGGAUGGGGAGGAUGGGGGUCUGCAGAGCUUCGAGACAGAGCUGGAGACCGUGGAGGGCGAGUACAGGAGCGGCCCCGUGAUGGAGAGCCAGGCUCGCUACCAGUGAGCAUCCCUGCCACAGCUGAGAGUGACUGUGCUGGGAGCGGAGGACGUGCCCUGGGGCAGGAGGAGCCUUCCCUGCACUGGUGGGGCCACCUUGCUGAUGGGGCAGGGGAUGACAAGACUGAUGUGAGGGAGAGACCCCAUUGCAUGGGCAGUGGCAGGAGGGUCUGAUGAUCCUUCCUGUUGCUUGCACUGGCUGAGCCCCCUAGUGCCCCCCUGUCCCCACCUGCCUCUUCCAGCACACCGUGGGGAAGAGGGAGUGCAGCAGA